CUAGCUGCAUCAAAUCUUCAGAAGAAGAAGAAAGGCGGAAGUAAAUGAAAUGUCAAUAGAAGAAACAGAGGGGUCUGUUUCUUCAUGUUCUAAUCUACACACUGUUUUAAUAUGUGAGCAGUGAGGCUGAGCUACCGAGGUGUCAGCAUGUGGACUUACUCUGUGAGGUCGAUGUUGUGGAAGUCAAAGCUCCUCCGAGCAGCUCUGUCAGUCAGAUCCAGGUCACAUGGAACCUGUGGGGGUAAGACCUGGAUCAGACCUUGUGGGUUCGACACAGGGUUAAAGACUUACAACAGCCUGAGCAAACAGAAAGAGCCUCUCAUUCUGGAAAAAGAGGGAGUAGCGACAUGGUACAGCUGUGGACCCACUGUGUACGACCACGCCCACCUGGGUCAUGCAUGCUCUUAUGUCAGGUUUGACAUCCUGCAGAGGAUCCUGUCCCGGUUGUUUGGGAUCACGGUGAUCCACGCGAUGGUCAUCACCGACAUCGACGACAAAAUCAUCAAAAGAGGCUUGGAGGAGAAUGUUUCCCCUGGUGUCGUGUCCUCCAUGUACGAGGAUGAGUUCAAGAGGGACAUGCUGUCGUUAAAGGUGACUCCUCCUGCCGUGUAUUUAAGAGUCACUGAAAAUGUGCAUCACAUCGUCGCCUUUAUUGAGCGGAUCAUCAGAAACGGACACGCCUACUCCACCAAGGAGGGUGAUGUUUUCUUUGACAUCCAGUCCAUCGGUGAUCGUUACGGCAAAUUUGUGGGCGCUGUGGACUCGCAGGGAGAGCCAGGCGCCACGAACAAACGGGACUCCAGGGAUUUUGCUCUCUGGAAGCCGUCCAAACCUCAGGAACCAUCCUGGGAGUCUCCGUGGGGCAGAGGAAGACCUGGCUGGCAUAUCGAGUGCUCCACCAUCGCCAGCUCAGUGUUCGGGAGUCAGCUGGACAUCCACUCUGGAGGGAUCGAUCUGGCCUUUCCUCACCACGAGAACGAGGUCGCUCAGAGUGAAGCCUAUCAUCAGUGUGAGCAGUGGGCGAACUACUUCCUGCACUCAGGACAUUUACACCUCAAAGGGAGCACAGAGAAAAUGUCUAAAUCUCUGAAGAACUACGUCACAAUCAAGGACUUCCUGCAGUCGUACUCAGCCAACGAGUUCCGGAUGUUUUGUCUGUUGGCAAAGUACAGAUCAGCGAUCGACUACAGUGACAGCAGCAUGUCGGAGGCCCGCUCCUCUCUGGGAACCAUCAGCACCUUCAUCCACGACGCUCAGGCCUACAUGAAGGGUCAGCUGCAGUGCUCACCUGUGCAGGAGGCCGUGCUCUGGGAGAGGCUGGCUGAGACCAAAUCCAGUGUGCUGAAGUCUCUGGCAGACGACUUCGACACGCCGAGAGCCAUGGGAGCCGUGAUGAGUCUUGUUUAUCACGGAAACUGCCAACUGCAGCCUGUUUCAAAGUCUGACGGUGUCGUUCGGAGCCCUGCGGUGUUCGCAGCGAUGAUCAGCUACAUCAGAGAUCUCCUGGACGUGUUCGGGGUCGACCUGCAGCACAGUAAGGACUCUGACUCGGGGAAGAACAGCGGGAGCCUGGAGGCCGUCGUGGAGCAGCUGACUCGAUUCAGGAGUGAAGUCCGAUCCUUCGCGCUCACUCGUCAGGACGCUCCGGCCAAAAAACCCAGACUGUACCCGGAGAGACUCCCGCUCCUCAAAGCCUGCGACACCCUCAGGGAUGACCUGGCACCUCUAGGCGUGCUGAUAAAGGACAGAGGAGCCACAUCAACGUGGGAGAUAACGGAGGGGAAACAAAGUCAGAGAGACGAGGCUGAAGAGCAGAAGACAUCCAGCUGAGAGACACGUCUGCCUUUAAAUAAAGACUUCUUAAUUCACUUAAUUUAAGACUCAGGACCAACAGGAACACAGAGACUCACCUGAUGUGCCGACGUCAGCAGAACAACGCUCAGAUUCCUCUGGAGUCAGAAAGUCUAUUCCACAAUAAAGCUGUCUAAUUUAA